AUGCCGGCGACAUGCCGCAGCACCACUCGUAAUUGUUCAACUCUGCCUCGUCCCACUUCGAAACGAAUUAGUAUGAAAAAGUCGAACAUUCCUUAUUUGAAAAGACGUGAGUUUUACAUAUAUACUUAAUAUAAUCUAUAAAACUUUCGAAGUUUGAAAAAUAAAUCGCGGUUUUAGCAACUUCUGUACGCCAGUUGGAAGAUGGAGACUCAACUCCGCGAGCAUCCACCUUUGACGUUUCAGAAGGGACUUCGCGACAGGCCGAUCUACGAUCAGAGCCCGUAUCUAUGACUUCUUCUAUUGUUGAAAAGUUUGAUUUGGCGUUUAGAUUUGAUUUAUUUAUGAGUUUAUUUCAGUUGCGGUUCGGAAAGUGCUUCACCAACAGAGGCGCGAGACAUUGUUUCCGAUAUGAAUACCCGGUGUAGGAUCGGAGCUAAAUCCACUGUUUUGAAAGCUAAAAGAAUAAGAUUCUAUCGGAACGGAGACCAAUAUUACAAGGUUUGACUAAUAUGUCUUUUUUUAAAAAUCUUUUAAGGGAAUGUGGUACGCGUUGCGUUGCGACAGAGUGAAGACCAUGCAGCCCUUAAUGGAAGAUCUGAACAAGGUCAGUUUUUUCUUCGAUUUUUCGACCUUUGUAAAUUAACUUCUAUCUCCAGGCUAUGUGCGACUCGACGAUAUUAACUCACGGUAUCAGACAUAUUUUCACGAUUGAUGGCUCUACUCGUAUCACUGAUAUCGACCAAUUUGAAGACAACUGUUCUUAUGUCUGUUCCAGGUUAGUUUUUUUUUUGCUCAAGCAUGGUUGAAAUCAAUUUUCAGUACGGACACUUUCAAGAACAUGGACUACGCGAAAGCUCAAGAGCCGUCGUGGCGAUUCACGCUCACGAGCACUUUUAACCGUUAUCGGGACUCUUCGAUGGCUCUGAACUCUCUUGGCCAAGCUAAUGUAGAACCGAAAAAAGCUGAUUGGUUUUUUAAAAGUUCAAAUUCAGGAACGCACCGAUUUUGUUUUUCCACGCAUAAUAACUAUUAUUCGAAAUGGAGUGAAGCCGCGACGUGUGGUACGGCAUCUUUUGAAUAAAAAAACAGCAAGGUAAAUCCAAUGCUUUCAUUUUAUUUUGCAUGUGUCAUAACUACUAUUUCCAGAUCUUUUGAUCAAGUUUUGACUGACCUUACCGAUUCGGUCAAACUGGAUAGCGGAGCGAUUCGGAAGCUUUUUGGUAUAAGUGGAAGACAGGUUUUUUGGGGUUUUUUCUUUUUCUCGAACAGGUUUUUUUUAGGUUCUAUCACUGGAAGAUUUUUUUCGCGAAGACGACGUUUUCAUCGCGUACGGAAACGAAAGAACCGCCGCAGACGACUUUUUGGUCGUUUCUGAAGGUUUUUUUUUACUCUCUUAUCUUGAGCCCCUUUUGACUUAUUGUGGAAAAUCUGAACGGCUUGAGGUGAAUAUCACUUCAACUUUUCUUCUUUCAGAGUGCAAGAGGGUUCCUGCUCGUUAUGGACGCAAGCAGAGGUUUUUGCAGAUUAUUAUGCGAGACUUAAUUUUUCGACUUCCAGAAAAAGCUUCCAACAAAGGCACAUGCCUUUGAGAAAUGAAAGUCUGCGUUUGGAUAGAUCUGGCAGUGUUGUUCCUGAUGAACAAGGUGUGGUUUUUGGUGUUUCAAGGAGAUUCCGAAUUCAUCGUGAGUAAAACGUUCAGCGAGACAUUUGCCGCCUUCUCUCGAAGAAUUGUUCGACGUUGAGCGACUGAUUGGCGACGGAAACACUGCCCUUGUUUACGAAGUCAUUGAUAAGUGAGUCAUUUUCUUCCUUCUUUGUUUCUUCUCGGUAACGAGGGCUUUCGAGACUCUUUUCGGCACUAUCAAAGUUUAUUUUCAUCUUGAAAGUAUAUUUGUUCAUUUUUCAUCGCAAAUUCUUCUUCACAGUCGACUGAAAAGGUGUAUUGAAAUUCAUGAAAAAAAAACGAACUUGAACAGCACUAGCAAGAACUUUUUUUCUACCUGUUUUUUUAUGACAUCAGUUGAAAGUUUUUUUAGGAAAUGUGAAACAAAUUCUUGAAAAAUAAAACUUUUAUCUGCGGGAAAAGAGUAAAAAUAAAGUUUGAAAAAAAUCUUUUUGCAUUAUUAUUUGGAAAUCACGAUUGAAAGAAAAAGGGAGAGAUAAUUCUUUUAAAUGCAUUCGACGCUCUUUUAAACCUUCAAAAAUGCUUGAAAUAAUAACUUUUUCUAAAAAUCAGCUUCCUUUAAGUUAAUUUUUUUCGUUAAAUUUGUUCAUUUUUUUCGAAAUCAAAUAUUUGAAGGAGAUUCAACGAUAGAAGAGCCUUGAAAGUGAUAGCCCGUGAGAACGCCUACGGAAAGGAAGCUCUGAUCGAGAGCGAACUGCGAAUCCUGCAGAAAAUCAGCAACGACUUCAUCGUUCAAAUGUUCGAGUACUGGCCCAUCAACGGCAGUUUUUACAUGUCGCUCGAGCUCAUCAGGGUUCGACUUAUUUCCAAAUCUUAUUUCAGAAGAAAAACGUUUGUUAAAGUGUUCGAAAAUAUUCAAAGGACAAAAAAACAACAGUAGGCAGAUCGUUUUUGAAAUAAAAAAAUAAUAUUUAGAAAAAAAUUCCCUCAGCGGUAUUUUUUUCUCUGUGUUUAAUAAGCAUUUUUUUACAGGAUGGGGAUUUGUUUGAACACUUACGACAAGUCGGCAGAAUCGAGGAGAGACAGGCGGCCAGGAUGAUCGCCUGUGUAGCGGAGGCUCUCAGGUUUUAUUUAUAUAUCACUGAUGUAUACUAUAAAUAUUUUUUUCUUUGUCUGUUAUUGUAUGAGUUAUUCCUUCUUUAGAAAUAAUUAGAAUUUCCUACUUUUUCUGUGGGGAAAAAAAUCUUUCAACAUUUCUGAUAAUUUUUUUACCGUUCAAAAUUCUUGGGUAAAUAUUUAGUUUCAUGUUUUAUGUGUUCAGAUAUCUGCACGAAUGUCGUAUAGUACACAGAGACGUGAAACCAGAAAACUUGUUGGUAUGUGUUUUUUUUUUCUAGUUUGUAAUGAUAAACGCCAAUUCUUGAGCUUCUGCAAGACGAACAUGGAGAAUUGGCCUUGAAGUUGGCCGAUUUCGGUCUGGCUUGCGAGCUUCAGGACGACACUCCCCUCACUGCCAUUUGUGGUACUCCGACCUACGUCGCUCCGGAAGUUCUCACCGAACGAGGGUAAAUUGCCCUUCCAUAGAGUGUGCGGCUUUCGGGACAUGAUCGAUCUGAAAGAAAAGUUCUUCUCAACGGACGAUGCAGCCUCUCCACUUUAUCGAUCGGUGAUUCAGAUACAACGAGAAGGUGGACACCUGGGCGACUGGGAUCAUUCUCUACGUGAUUCUCUGCGGCUUCCCUCCCUUCCAAAGGUUUAUCAUUUUUUGGCUGGAAUGUCUUUGUGAAGUGUGAAUAUUCAGUAUGGAGGGCGAAAAUUCUCAGGCCGAACUUUUCCGACAAAUCGCCACCGGAGAUUUCUCGUUUCCAUCGCCGGCCUGGGAUGGAGUAAGAUCAUUUUUCACGAAAUUUUUUUCUAAAAUUCAAACUUUAACUUUUAUUUCACAAUUUUUCAGUUUGGACAGGCUCAUGUUUUUUUUGCUCAUGAGAGAAUUCAAAUAUGUCUACAAGCUUUAAUUUGAAAUAAGGAGUGUUUCGCACUUUAUUCUCGGUAUCAGGAACGGUUUCAAUAAUUUUCACAAAACAUUAAUGAAACAUAAGUUGAAGGUAUGAAAUAAAAGCGAACGAAAUUUUUAACGGCGACUUUUUCGAUUUUUUCAUAUCGCUAGGGAACUUUCCGACGAAUCCCUUUUCAACUUUUUCCUUUAUUUUUUUCGGUUUAUAGAACAUCUAUUAACAUUUUUUUUUCCUAUUUUUUUGUGUUUAAAUCGUGAAUCAACUACCUACUUUGUAUCAGAAGAUUCAAAACGAAGAGUUUAUCGAAAAAAGAAGUCGGAAAAUUAUUCUUCAGGAACUUCUCCGUCGGAAAAUUCCCUAACGAUAUGAAAAGUCGCCGUUCGAAAAUUCGCUACUUUUUUUUCAUGCCACCCAUAAUUUACUUGUUCCGAUUUUUUUUUCCUGCACUAUGCUUUAGGUCUCCUGGGCCGUACGCCACUUGAUAAUCUGUCUGGUGACCGUUGAUCCAGAGGAAAGAUUCAGCGCUCAAAACGUCUUGGAGAACGAGUGGAUUAAGGUGAUCUUAUCUUUCCUUCGAAGAACAUUCUAAAAAUUCCGGAAAGAGCACAUUGAAACUUUUUCUCGUUUCAGCAGUUCGGCGAGGUUGAGCAAGAGUACGAAACCUGGGCUCAGUUCACAGUCCAGUCCCACGUUCCCAAUGAAGACGUUUAUUAUUUUUUUUGUAAAUUUGACGGAAUUAUGAAGUUUGCAGGUCGAGGAGACGGACUACGAAUACUUCAUGUCGAGAAGAACUUCGAUGGAUGAACUCAGUGAGAGUGGCCGCGAAGAAUUCGUCUUCCAACGCAGCUACAGCUAG